AUGUGCGAAUCAAAGAUCAACGCUAUAAAAGAUCCAUUGAUUUCCACAAUGGUACCAUCCAAAAAUGAAAGCAGAGAAAUGAUAAUUACCGAAACAAAAUCGCUUCUAUCCUUGGCGUUACCAACCGCACUAACAGCUCUAAUCUUCUACGCCCGUUCCAUCGUAUCAAUGAUGUUCCUCGGUAAACUCGGCGACGUGGAACUCGCAUCAGGUUCAUUAGCCAUAGCUUUCGCAAACAUAACAGGUUAUUCAGUUCUCUCUGGUUUAUCUUUAGGAAUGGAACCGCUUUGUUCUCAAGCUUUCGGUGCUAACCGUCCAAAGCUUCUGUCACUCACACUUCAACGCUGUAUAAUUUUUCUCUUGCUUUGUUCCUUACCCAUUUCUUUUCUAUGGUUUGAAAUGUCUAGAAUCUUCCAUUUUUUACAACAGGAUGAUAAAAUCACCCAAAUGUCACAGACUUAUCUUCUUUUUCUCUUACCCGAUCUUGUAACUAACUCUUUUUUACAACCAAUCAGAAUCUACCUUCGCGCUCAAUCCGUCACCUUCCCUGUAACUUUAGCAUCUCUGGUUGGAAGUUUGUUACAUUUACCUUUUAAUUUUUUACUUUUCAAAAGAGGAAUUUCUGGAAUUGCUAUUGCUUCUGCUGCUUCGAACUUUUUGGUACUUAUUGUUUUGGUAGUUUACCUUUGGAUAAGUGGGGUCCACAUAUCCACGUGGAGUUCGCCGAGUUUUGAAUGUUUUUCCGGCUGGGAGCCGUUGAUUAAGCUAGCCGCGCCGAGCUGUGUUUCUGUUUGUUUGGAAUGGUGGUGGUAUGAGAUUGUUAUUGUUUUGUGUGGGUUUCUUGUGGACCCUACUGCCACUGUGGCUUCUAUGGGGAUUUUAAUUCAAACGACGUCCUUGAUUUACGUUUUUCCUUCGUCUCUUGGACUCGCGGUUUCGACGCGUGUGGGGAAUGCGCUCGGAGCGAAUCGUCCACAUAAUGCAAAGGUUUCGGCUGUGAUCGCAGUGUUUUUUGCGGCGGUUAUGGGGUUUACUGCCGUUGUUUUUGCGAUGAUGAUGAGGCGGAAGUGGGGGAAGAUGUUUACCGGAGACGAAGAGAUUAUACAUUUGACGGCGGUGGCAUUGCCGAUUUUAGGUUUAUGCGAGCUUGGAAACUGUCCGCAGACGGUUGGUUGCGGUGUAGUGAGGGGGACGGCGCGACCGAGAGUGGCAGCGAAUGUAAAUUUGAGCGCUUUUUAUAUGGUGGGAAUGCCCGUGGCGGUUGGGCUUGCUUUUUGGUUUAGUUUUGGUUUUUGUGGGCUUUGGUUGGGCCUUUUGUCGGCCCAGGUUUGUUGUGCGGGCCUUAUGUUGUAUAUUGUUGGGACAACGGAUUGGGAACAACAGGCCCGUCGGGCUCAGUUAUUGACGAUGUUUGAUGAAUCGGACGUUCAGAAAGAGUCAUUGAUUAGUGAUUUAGAAAGUGCUUGA